UAUAUACUGAAAAGGCUACCAAAGGACAAAAUAAAAUGACUUCAGGUUCAUAUAAAAUAAUUAUGUUUCAAUUUGCAUGUACCAUGAAAGCUUUAUCAGUACUAUAGCCAUGCAAAGAUAUGGCGUUGGACUAUUUAGGGCCAAUCAUACUUGUUACUUGUCUGAACAACGUUUUUGGUGUAAGUAUACCAUGUGGUGAAACAUAUCUUGCUAAAAAUGGUCACCGGUGUUACCCAUGCAGUGCGGGAUAUUAUAAAGUUUCGGAUUGUGUGAUAGAUGGGGAACAGUCAAGAUGUAAACCUUGUGGGUACAGGGAAUAUAUGUCCACGUGUGAUAAUUCAACACAGUGUAAUCAAUGUGAUCUGUUCUGUCAUGGAGGACAGAUUAAAAUAAAAGCAUGCACAACAACCAGCAACCUAAAAUGCCAGUGCAAAGAUGGUUAUUAUUGGAAAAGGGGCCCACAUCGAAUUUGUACAAGACACAGCAAAUGCAUCCCCGGAGAAGGAUUAAAGACAAAAGGAACACCAUAUGAAGACACAAUGUGCGAGCAAUGCAAAAACGGCACAUCAUAUUCCAAUUUGACUUCAUAUAACGAAUGCAGGCCAUGCUCUGUCUGCAACAUAACGCAAAGAAGCUGUAACAAUAUCCAUGAUACUGUUUGUGGCAGCAAAGCGGGAGGGACGACGAACACUCCCGAAGAUGAUAGUGAUAAUUACUGGGUGACGGCAGUAGUAGUUGUUGGUGUUAUCUUCUUCUUCGUCGUCGUCGUCGUUGUUUUCUUCUGUAUCAAACACAGCCGAAAUCAGAACCAUGAUACUGGCAAUGGCAGAGCUCAGAAGUCAAGCACCUUUAGUAAUGGACGUGUAAACAUACCUCCAGAUAGCCAAUCCACCAAAAACUCGGACAAACGUAGUCCAGAUGUGACAGAUCGUCAACAAAACGGUUUCAACCAUCCAAUAGAUGUCAGAAAUGACACAAAUAAUAAGCCUAUGUCCAGUAAUGAACUACAAGAUGAAGGCGUAUCUAAAAACUCUAAAGAACUGGAAGGAAAACAAUCUCUGAAAAAUCAUGACAAGGACGACGAAUGCUGUAUUGAUAUGACAGGCAACAAUAUGUCAUAUAGUUCUGGCAAAGCUAAUGGAACUCUAUCCCACACGAGCAGAGAUGCUGGUGGUGUUCCUUCGAGACAUGUUCAACCAGUGACGUCAUCAUUGCAAAGUUAUAGAGAUAAGACAACAGAAACAAAUAGAACUGAUCAUAUCAAUACGGCGGAAACUGGGUGUACCAAUUCAUUGGGAGCUGUAACUUCAAUUCAGUCAGACGGUAAUGGACAAUCUUAUCAUGGGAACGGGACACUUUCAUCUGAUAAACGUUGUUUUGAAGUGUUUACCUUCAUGUCUAAACAAUUCACAUGGAACAAGUUUUUGAAGUUCUACAGGCGGCUUAUAGCGGACACAGAUAGCAAGACGUUAUCUAAUGUUGAAGCUGAUAUUGAGAACACUCGCCAAGAAUGGCACCAUGAUUUCAAAGAGGCAAUGUACAGACUAAUGAAUAACUGGAAACAGAGGAACCCUAAUGGCAUAAUGCAAAGUAUUGUUGAGGCAUUAGACAAAUGUGGAGAGAAGCUCAUGAGCGAAAAACUAAUGUCAUUUAUAAACAAUCUUACAAAAAUUGAUGAGGUUAAUAAUGCUUUAAAGAGUGAUAUUGUGCCAUACAUGGGUGAAAGAUAUGCUCGUGGUGAGCUUUCUACAUCUGUACAGACUGUAGACAAUGAAGGAAUUGUGUAAGGAUGUGUUCAGGAAACAAAUCAGUCCUGAAACGAAGAGUAAAAGCCACAUAAAAACUUAUAGACUUUGCAGUUCUACAUUUUCAGUAUAAUGUAUUCAGUGUACACUGUAUUUAAUUUUCGUUACAUCUGCUAAACUCCAACUGUAUCAAAAUGUAGUUCUUUCAAUUACUCCACAUAAUUAUACAAAUCAUAUGCAUAAUAUAUUCGGUUUUGAUCUCCAUAUAUAGAUACUGUGUGAUUAGGUAUGAUAGAUAUUGUAUAUUUCUUUUGUGUCAGUUUCCAUGCUUAAAGAAGUAUUAAGAGCCGCGCCAUAACAAAACCAACAUAAUGCGUCUGCGACCAGCAUGGAUCCAGACCAGCCUGCGCAUCCACGCAGUCUGAUCAGGAUCCUUGCAGUUCGCUAUAAGUGUCUCUACUUGUUAUAGUGUGUGUAAGCGAACAACAUGUAUCCUGAUCAGAAUGCAUGGAUGCGCAGGCUGGUCUGGAUCCAUGCUGGUCGCAAACGCAUUAUGUUGGUUUUGUCAUGGCGCGGCUCUUAUCAUUAUUAUAAGUAGUAGUAUUAGUAGUAUGUUGUGCUAAAGAGAAAUUUAAAAUUGUCACAUAUAUUUUUAAUCAUCAGCAACUUUGCUGUUGAAUUUUACCGUAAAAGCAUUAUAUAUUUCGUGUUCUUUCAACAUGCUCAAGCUUUGCUUGCCACCAUGUGUAAACUAUGUGUAAACCUGUAAAUUUAAAAUAUUGCUGCUGAACUUCAUAUCAAGUUUUUAUCCUUUGAUUAUUGAGUUCUCUUUAUCUGGUGCUAGUUGGCUUGAGAGAUAUUUCAUUUUUCUUUGUAUCUCUAGAACAGUAAGUUAGUUAAUUAUAUUAAUCUAAAUACAUGUAAUUGCUCCUUAUUUGAGGGGGGCCUUCCUCAGAAUGUUUAAUAUAAGAAUAAGGGCUUAGUGAGGCGACCUUUAAUGUUCUAUUUUGUUAAUUUUAUAGAUUUUCAUCGUAAUUUGUAAACGUAAUUAGGUUAACUUGAAUAUAUAAAUAUUUUAUAUCUAAAUGUCAUUAUUUUCUACAACA